AUGUUGUGCCAAGCCGGUCUAGGGUGUCACGUUCUUGAACAUAUUGAAGAGCUGUUGCAGUUACAAGCACACGUAGUUCUUCAUAUCCUUCACGAGCCAAAAAUAAAGAACUAUUUAGAGUUCUUUGUAUCUCAGUGGAAUGAGUUUAGUGGUGCCCUCUUUCAGCUCAACAGGCUUUUGCUAUAUUUUAAGAAUUAUUCUCAUAUGUUUUACGUGCGUACAGUUCAGGAAAUAGGGGAAACAAUCUUUUGUGAAACAGUUCUUGAGGAUUCAUCCGUUGGGACCAACAUAAAGAAAUUGUUUCUCCAUGCUAUUAGUGACCCUGGUCAGUGGGAUCAACUCAGAGUUGUGGUUAAGUUGCUUGAGGGCCUUGAGAAAGGUCGUUUCUAUGAUUCUUAUGUUGAAGCACCCUAUCUCAAACAUUUAGAGGAGUUGUACACUCACGAAGGAGAAAAGCGACGCUGUGAAAAUUCAGUGAAUAAUUUUCUUACAUGGGUGUUAAUGGCGACAACCAUUGAAGAAAGCAAAGCGGCAAAGCUUUUGGGCUCUUCAUCAGCACAAAAAGCUGAGGCAACUAUGUACCGCGUUCUUGUUUGUGGCAAUCAAGACUAUAUUCUUCAAAGUUCAACCGGAUUUGCUUCUAUACUUAAUGAAUGGAACUUACCCCUUAUGAAGGAGAUUAUUGAUGUGUAUAGUUGCAUGGGAAAUAUGAAACCCGUCCUUGAUGUAUGUACGACGGAAGUCAGAAAAAUGUGCAAAGCAAUAUUUUCGGCUAGUACGGAGUAUUUAGUGCCACCUGUAGUUGUUAUUAGUCAAUUACUGACCCUACUCUCUAACAUUAGGGAGCUGUCUUCUUUAUUUGAGGGAAGCCUUGGCGGGGACAUUGUGUUGGCCGUGCAGGAUAUUUUGAAUAGCACAAAUUCGUUUGUUGAAAUGCUUGCUCUUUAUUUUGAUCAUCAUAUUCGUUCAGCUAAGGGCGAGUCUAUGGAAAAGCUUUGCCAAGACGUUGUUUCUCUGUUCCGCUUAAUAAGCGAUAAAGAUGUCUUUGAAAUUUCUUUUCGAAAUUAUUUGGCUGGACGUCUGCUUCACGCUCACUCAAAGCCCGAAUUACUUGCGAAUGAAACUUGCUUUAUUACUACAAUCAAACAAGAGUGUGACGCUGACGUCGCAAGUCGCAUGGAAAAAAUGAUCAACGAUGUAAAGUGUAGCGCUGACACUCAAAGCCGUUUAAUACGUGCCAUGGAAAGAAGCCAAUAUACUUUGCCUUUGGAGUUUAAGGCAACAAUUCUUACUGGAGGUUUCUGGCCCCAGUACACCAAUAUUUCCAUGACACUACCGGAACCGAUGAACAUGUGUAUGGAGGCCUUUGAAAAGUUCUAUGCUCUUCGUCAUAGUGGAAGAAAGCUCACCUUUCAAAUGUCACUUGGGACUGUUGUGUUUCAACUGAACCAUUUAGGAAAAACCUAUAGUGUGGCAGCUCCAACACCUUUUGUGAACACAAUUGAAUCUCUUAACGCCGAUGGAAGCAUUUUCAUCGAUCAGAUUUGCAAUAAAAGCUCAUUUACAAAAGCUGAUAUUGAUACUCAAGUGAUGGCACUUGAAAAGGUUGGGCUCGUGACAAGAUCGCUAACAUCAUUUGAGUUUAAUCAGCAGUUUUCGUCUCAGCGGCAGAAAGUCAGAAUAGUUUUAGGGAUGCAGAUAGAUGCAGAUCCAUCCAAUACUCACAGUUCAAGGAAAAAGCCUGUGGAGUGUAGUCGUUCCAUGAGUAUCGAUGCGGUUAUUGCUCGUAUCCUAAAAAAGCAAAAAACAGUUGAGCACGAGUUUCUUUGCAAGGAGGUCAUAAGGUCACUCUCAAAUGCUUUCACCCCUACUGCGAAUGACAUUAAGUUGAGAAUAUCUGUUCUCAUCGAGAAGGGUCUUUUGAAGCGUGAGGAUCAAGCAGGAUUAUAUGUCUUUGAUGAGUAA